ACCCGAUAGUUCGGUUCACCCGUGUAUAUUUUGUAGUGGACAUAUUGUAAAUACCAACCCAUCUACCUUGAAGUGAAGGUAUAGUAAGCCUAAUUCGAGUAGAUGCUUACGUGUUUGAUGUGACUUAACGUUGAUCUAGGUAAAGCAAUGGCACUGCUUUGAUCGUAUCCUCAGUGCGUUGAGUGUGUAUUGCGAUUUCCUUCGACUCUUCUGCUGAACUCUAUAGAGCAUCUUCGUAUAGGCCGGCUCUUUGAAUACUGGAGCUUCACCCUUUAGCAUUGGUCAUGUCUACAGCUUUUGUGAUUACUGAAUAUCACCAACCAACUGUUAGUAACCAGGAUAUUAUCAAUGCCGCUGUUUUGGACACAACACUUGUGACGGAACAUAGCAACAAAACUGUUGGAAGAGUACGUUGAACCGAGUUCCCAAUGAUGUUCAGGCUACCUGUAGUGCUUGUAUCUUGUCUUGGCUAUCUCUGGUCAUUAUACAAUCACUACAAUCUAUAUCUCGACAUUCUUCUGGUAAUAAUGGUGAGAGGUAGUCUCCCCAGCGAUAUUUUCCUUCACUUCAUAGUGGAAACACUUGCUUACCUACGUGAGACCAGUGUACUUCACUUGUUAAGCGGUUGCCUUUGUAUUACAAUUUUGGUACGCCCUUCAUUCUUUCCGUGUACCAAUUUCCAUGUCUCACUCACAUUCACAGAGCUUUUGUACUUGGGCAUUCUACAGACUGAAGCUCCAUUCUUUGGCCCCUAUUCCGGGACCACCCCAUUGGAUUCUAUCCCGUCUCCCAUUCGUAUGGGCUCUAUAUUGAGGACGAUAUGUGACACGAAUUACAGAACUCCACGGAAAAUAUGGCCCAGUCGUUCGUACUGCCGAAAAUGAAGUAUCCUUCACCAAUGAACAAGCAUGGACUUCCCUAUACGCUCCUAGGAAAGAUGCCGCUAAAAGCCCUUUCUGGUACGCACCACGCCAGAAUAAUAGCUCUUACGGUAUUUUUACCGCUCCUAGCGGAAUCACUCAUGGACGUUUCCGCCGAGCAUUCUCCCCAGCUUUCACACAGAAAUCCAUGCGCGAACUUGAACCUAUGAUAUUACAUCAUAGAUAUAUUGAUAUCACAACUCAAAAAAGAAGCAUCUAAAGAUAUACCAUUGGAUAUCGUUCCAUGGUUUGAAUACAUGGCUUUCGACAUAGUUGGUGAACUCAGCUUCAGUAAAUCAUUCCACUGCAUCACCUUCAACGAAAAUCAUCAUCUCGUCGUUGCCCUCAGAAAAGUAAUGGCCUCUUCACACAAGCCGUGGUUCCUCGUGUUCUUGGCCUAGAACUCUUCUGGCAAUUCAUUGUUUCGAAAGUUUCCCGUCAAAAGCGCGCUGCCUAUAAUAACUCCCUCAACGACUUUACUCACGAACGACUCAAUUCAGGUGCGCACCGUGGUCGAAAGUAUUCGGAUGUUAUGGCAUAUUUCUCGCUUGCUCGUGCUGAUGGCCGCGGUCUUACAGUUACCGAAACGGAAAACGCAAUUGAAGUAUUAUGAUUGCGGGUAGUGAGACGGUUGCUACAAUAUUAACUUCUAUUCCCUAUCAUCUUGUGAGAAAUACUGAUGCACAUAGAGUUCCUACUAGUGAAGUUAGAGGAGCUUUUAAGGAUGAAAAUGAUAUCACGAUUCAAGUAGUCACGAAUAUGGAAUAUUUAAACGCAGUUAUUAAUGAAGCUAUGAGGUUAUGUCCUAGUCUUCCUAUGGUUCUUCCGAGAAUGGUUAAUGAACCUGGAAUAGAAGUUUGUGGAUAUUGGUUACCAGCUGGAGUAUUUAACUCUUUUCUCUCUUCCCCUAGACUUUCUUUCGUUCAGUUCUUCCUGUCGUUCCAUUGUUCAUUUUCUUCAUUUCCCUUUUAUCACCUAGAUGGAACCUAAACCCAAAUGAAAGAAUCAACUAAUAAUCAACUAGACAUUGGUCAAUUUCGCACAACUCCCCGCUUACAUCUCACCACCCAAUUUCGCUCGUCCAAAUGACUUUAUCCCUGAGCGCUGGCUCCCAGAUUCAACACUUAUACCUCAUAACACCGUGAGUAUUCAUAUUCAAUUCUUUAGCUCUCCACUUGCAAAUCCUAAAAUUAUCCUACUAUUUCUAACCCCAAUCCACUCUCUCCCUCUUCCAUUCUCCACCUUCCCAUUCCCUCACAUCUUCCCCUAUAACCAUAACAAUAACCCACCACCACAGCACACAGCACACAGCACACUCCGCCCAAAAUCUCCCAUUCCUUCUUUCCUAUACAAACACCCAAUCCCAACACCCACUCCCCAAUUCUCAACCCUAACCCAGCACUAA